CGCUCCACGUGGCGUGUUGUUUACAUCUUCCAUGAAGAUUCACAUGGGGCUGUGUGAAAGAGGCAGCAAGAUGGUGCAAUCACAUUCCGGUUGACUAUUAAGUAACAUAGGCAAACUACAUGAAAAAUACAAACACGGACCCUGAACUACAACGAGAGUACGACUUUCUGACUACAUCUCCCUUGUCCGGCAAAGUAAGAGAUACAAAUCCAAAGAUGUUAAAACUUGGAAGUCGGCUGGUCCAGUUUCACCAUGCCUCAGCCUCAGGUCAAGCGGAGUUCGGUAGACAGGAGGAGAAUGUUCAGGAAUUGCAAUGUUUUAAGAAUUGCUUGGCAAAGCUGAGAAAACGUGGUGGGCUGCAAAAGGAAGCCAUCUUCUGCAACUUAAGAGUUCCAAAUCAGUUUCAAAUAGGGAAAGAAGACAUUGACUUGGUUCUCCUUACAGGGCGUGGUGUGUUCUGCCUUGAUGUUAAAACCUGGAAGGGCAAAGUAUCGGUCCAGGAACACAGCUGGCAUUUAAACUUCACAGAAGAAACAGAGCAUUUCUCAAACACAUCCAUCAGCCAGGUUGCUGAUCCCAUCCAGGUCAUCAAGACCAAGACAGAGAAUCUGUGGAACCACUUGAUGCGAAGUGGGGUCUGUGUUCGCCAGUCUCUCUUCCUCUCCAGGGUGAUCCUCCUUAAUCCUGACUGCCAUGUGGACCCUGAACUACAGAAGAGCAAGGAGGUGGUAGCCCAUUGUGAUUUGGAUUCAUUCAUCAGGUCCUUCAAGGUCACUUGUCAUACAAGCAGCUGAACGAUUUGAGCAGUGUGCUGCAGAGAACGGGUACGUGGGACACUGUCAAUCUACAUGGGGGACAGCAGUUGAAAGGGGACUAUCGAGACUGCCAGCAUAUAGCCUUGAACCGGGAGGAGACGGACCAGUUGGAGUUCACCCACCAGAGGAACAUGUCAGCUGGGUAUCUCUGGACUUUCUUGGGAUGUUCACCUCAGGUAAACAUUGGCCAUCCUGUCGUCAAAUCCCUUGCAACUCCUCAAAUCAGGUAUAGGUUAUACAGUAUAUAUAUAUAUAUAUAUAUAUAUACUGUAUAUAUAUGAGGUAUAACUGGAAUGUACAAAAUGUUUGGGAGCCCUUCUUCAGCUGAGUACCUUUCUUUCUACACAGCUGAAGAAGGGCUUUUGUCCGAAACAUCCUGAAAUAUAAGAUUUUGUAACACAUCCAUUUUGUGUACAUCCAAAAUAAAAAUAAAUCAUUUUUUUUUAUCAUAUCUGCCUGAAUUUUGAUGAAGAAGUAAUAAAAAAGAGAACAUUCUUUUAAGGUCAAUUCGCAGUGGAUAUACAGUUUUGUAAACAAAGAAAAUGCUUGCAAUUCAGACAAGUCUUUGUUUUGUCAGUGUUGUGAAUUAAGCCAGGAUUUUUAUACUUGAUUUCGAUUAUGAUGUUACCCCUGUGAAUUUUAACAUGGCCGUUCACAAACAUAUGAUGACAUUGAAUAGCCAGCGCUGAAAUAGACCUGCUCUUCGGAUUUGAAAACAGUUGUCGUUUUUUACAGUAUGUACAAUCCAUACUUAAUCCAUAUGUGUGUUUUAUUUCUGCCCAUGACGAUGAGGGAUGCUCCUGAGUGUACCAGUUGAGCAGCCUGGCACAUUCAAUCUGAACCCUGGCAGCAAGGGGCAGGCUGCGUCGCAGCUGUAAUAAAUUACAUACAAGUGCUGCAGAACAAUAACAAAAAAAAGUGUGCGCCAUCCAUUUCAGUACCAUUUACAAGAAAUCAAUAUCAAUACUUAAUGCAAUACUGGUGAAAAAUGAGCAAAGAUACAGAGAGCAUAAUAAAGCAGAAAUGAAAGACCUUGGAGUUCCAUUUUGGGAGGGGAAAAAACAGCAAUACAGUGUUUUUUGCUGUUUGUUUUGUUUUUUCACGGGAAUGCAUUUUUUAUAAGGGUCCAUGUUUAACCCUUUAUUAAAGUCUAAAGGCUGGGUGGUUUAGUAGAUUGGGAAUGGAAUGGGAAUCAUUAUACUACUAGAUCACUGGUUCCAGUCUUGAACAAGCUACCUUUUGGGUAAUAAGUUUGGGUCAAUUGUCAUUAUCAUCAUUAUUUUCUUUGGGGGAAUACUUUAUUUCAAUUUAUGUUGUAAAUGUGAAGAAACAUAAUGAUAGUAAUUAAGAUUUUUAAAAAGCCUCCCAUAAUCCUAACAUAAUUCUCACUUAUUCUUCACUGUGGUCAAAUCCAUUUAUCCAACCACCAUGCUAUACAUGUAUUUCCUGUGCAGAACUGUGUAGGAUCCCACCUGAGCUUAACAGUGGAUCAACCUGUCCCCCUGCAGCACUACCCUUAGUGGAUGUAAGAUAUACAUCUGUAAGAAGUAUAACAUAGACGAAUGCAGUAGUCUUACAUCCACUGGGGCACAGUUUUGCAGGGGGCCAUAUUAAUGGGUACUCUCUGGUGUACCAGCAGUACUUGGAGAGAAGACAUGAUUGAAGCCACAGGGCUGCUUUAAACAAACCAGGAUGAGAUGAUGGAAGGGGAAAUUGUAUACAAAGUGAUUCUAAACAGUAAGAAGAACACAUUCAUUAAUAUAACUCUGAUAUUGCAUACCCACACCAGGGCUGCUCUUUAAUAUCCACUGGAUAAGAAUUAGAUUUAUAAUGUGGUGACAGCAAAAGCUGACUCAGCUGAUGCAAAGUGAAAAAAAAGUCAAACAGCAAAACUGUUGGAAUAUAAAAAUAGGGAUUUGUGAGACUGUUGUUAUGCCAACGAGAGGUAAGGAAAUGUUUUUAAAGUCUAGGUUAUUACCCCUUAACCACUUCAACUCCAGUUGUAAAAAUGAAACCCCUUCCCAGGUACCAGAUUUACAAAAUAAUAAUAAUGUUUACAGACCUGUAAUUGCUAUAAAAUGUUAACAUAUAAUAAAUAAAACACAAAUAAAUGA